ACAAAUUAAACAUCCGAGGUCCCAUUUAUCAAGCAUGCGUCUUCCGGACAAGAGCAACAUACAUUCUCUUUAUUUCGACAUUUAAAUCAAGUUGAAAAGUUUACAAAGGCUAAACAGCGGAGGAGCUCAACAAGGGCUCUAUUUACAGAGACUGAGAAGGAGGAGCGGAGGGGCAACCGAAUGAAUUAAAUAGUGCUCAGACGCUUAAACUACGUAAUUUCAUCAACAACGAAAGGAAGGGUUGAAACAAGAGGGGAAACAGAACUACUGACAAAAGUUGCUGAGACGUUAAACUGCAGAUAUUAGAAGAUAAAGAAACGUAUAGAAGAGAGAGAGAGAGAGAGAGAGAGAGAGAGAGAGAGAGAGAGAGAGAGAGAGAUGAGGACAUUACAUAAUAAAUUUGUAGCGUUCGACUGGGACCGGCACUGACUGACACACACUUCAGACUCACGGUCAAACAAUUGAUGAACUUUUGGAAACUUUGGCCUUUUAUAUACGUAUCUAUAUUUAUAGAUACACACAUUUUUUAAUUAUCCUGUUUUUGCCUUGUUUAUUUUUAUGAUAAAAUGUAGAACUCCCUGGAGAGUUCUUGUCACUCUUUUGGCUUGGAUGAUGUUGACAAAGUUGUCAACGCGGUUCUUUGCGCUUUGAACGCAUUUUCAAAUUCGCCACAAAUACUUUUCUGAUGUUUCCUUAAAUUGGAAAAUUGGAGUGAACGUUAUUUACAGAUAGAGAGCGUGUAAUUCAAGUACUCAUCAAAAGUUAUGACCUCGGCGACACCCCCUUCUUCUCGUAGCUCCUCCACACAGAAGGUCUGCCACUCUCAGACUCAGACAGAUGUUCUUAAGCCACUGUUGGGUGGAGGAGGUGGGGCUUCUUCUGGGAAUGGACCUGCAGCAUUAAGGCGUCGUCGGCGGGUGCUGUCUAAAGAGGGGCGGAGCAAUGUACUUAUUGAACACGUCAGCGGCCGUGGGGCACUUUACUUGCGUGACCUAUGGACGACCUUUUUGGACAUGCAGUGGCGCUACAAGCUGUUCUUGUUUUCAGCCACCUUUGCUGGUACCUGGUUUAUCUUUGGAGUGCUGUGGUACUUGGUGGCACUCGUGCAUGGAGAUUUGCUUGAGUUUGAUCCUCCAUCCAACCACACGCCAUGUGUAAUGCAGGUCCAAACUCUGACAGGGGCAUUCCUUUUCUCUCUGGAAUCACAAACUACGAUUGGCUACGGCUUUCGUUGUAUCACUGAGGAAUGUCCACUCGCCAUCAUACUGCUUAUUGUCCAACUUGUCAUCACUAUGGUGAUGGAAAUCUUUAUCACUGGAACAUUCCUUGCCAAGGUAGCUCGGCCGAAGAAACGUGGUGAAACUGUGAAGUUUAGUCAGCAUGCUGUGGUUGCCAAUCAUGAGGGGAGGCCUUGUCUUAUGAUCCGUGUAGCUAACAUGCGUAAGAGUCUGCUUCUGGGCUGCCAGGUAACCGGUAAGCUGCUGCAGACAUCCCUGACUAAGGAGGGUGAGACAGUUCGUUUGGACCAGAGGAAUGUAUUCUUUCAAGUGGACACAUCCAGUGACAGCCCCUUCCUCAUACUUCCCCUCACUUACUACCACGUGAUAGACGACAACAGCCCACUGCGGGCCUGGGCCGCCAAAGGUGGUGGGUGGACGGACCCAGAGCUGGCAGAUUUUGAGCUCCUCGUAAUUAUGAGCGCUACAGUGGAGCCCACCUCGGCCACUUGCCAGGUUCGCACCUCCUACCUGCCGGACGAGAUCCUGUGGGGCUAUGAAUUUCCACCUGUCGUCUCUCUCUCCCCCUCUGGGAAGUAUGUCGCUGAUUUUGCAUUCUUUGACAAGGUUGCCAAGACCAAGACGCCGCCCAUUUUCAAACAAGCCCCACCUCAUAAUACUCAAGCUUCCUAUCAAAAGAGUAAAGGAGGAGACCAAGGGGCAGAUACAGAAAAAAUGAGAUUGGAGGAGAUUUACCGGGAGGAAAGGGGGCGUGUGCGAGACCAACUUAGUGUCCGCAUUAGUAAUGUAUAGAUAAGAAAAAGCACAAAAAUGGAGGGGGUGAAAACCAAAUCUGAUAUAGAUAAACUGCCCGAGUGCUUGUUUGAGUAAGCGUUAGCCAACUUCUUUUUAAUGCCACUGAGACUACCUGUUUUGCCAGGCAGCGUGCCAGCAGAGUUGGCUACUGCUGAAAUACACUGACAUCCAAGAAGGAAAAAACAAGGGCACAAGAAAAGGGGCUAUGUUCGAAAUAGAAUACUUCUCAGUAUGUAUCUCAAAAAUCAAAUCACACUCUUGUACGAUGUGACAAAAACUCCCAAGUUAAUGAAAUAAAAAAUGGUAAAACAACAUACAAAUAAAAAAGCUUCAACAACAUACAAAAAUACACUAGGUGACAACUGCACAUAAUACAAUUAUGCAAAACAAUGUAUAAUAUGUAGAGAAACCCAACCAUCUUUUCCUUUUUUAUGUGACGUUGUAAAGUCAGGUUUGAGAAAUCAGAACUUUAAAAAAAUUUUCCUACUUGUAAUUACUAAUUUCAACAAAAAUAUUAAUGAGAUGAUAGUAUGACAACACUGUAGUACACUACUGCGUUAAACAUUUAUUGUUGUUGAUAAGACAUAAUUUUACAUACUAUAUUAAAAAAUGGGGUUUCGCUUGUUAAGUCUGACAUCAUGCACCACUUCUUGGUCCAAACGACCUCUAAUUCCAUAGGGAGUUAACAAGAAAAUCAUGCUAUUAUUCACUCAUUAUUCAUAACAUGCAAAACUACCAAAAACACCCAAUCCUAAUAUUUAUCACCAUAACAAAAUUUGAGAUAACCAGACAUGGACACAUGAACAUUGAUUUUUUAUGAAUGAUUAAUAUUUACAUUUACAUUACAUUUGUCCAAAGCGACUUACAAAUGAGGUACACAAUAGAAGCAAUAUUUAAGUGCACUAGAAGUAGUCUCUUCAAGUCUAACACAGUAUACAUAGCCAAGGAUUAGUUAGUAACAUCAAGGCGCGCAGUAACAUCAUCUCACCUGACUACUUCACCUCUCGCUCAAACUUCCGUCAAUAUUACUUUAAAUAUAGAAAACAUAAAAGUGUUUGGUAGCUUCUAAAUUCAUCCCUGUUUGGAUCCUAAGGAAUGAAUGGGGCUAGGCUAAAUGCUAACACAUUCACGAUACGCUGUACAAAGAUUAACUGCAUGCAUUGAAAAAAGAUAGGUAUGUAUUAAUUUGUCUAAGUUGAGGUAAGAACAUAGUAAAAUAUUGAAAAACUGUGGUGUUUUCCUUUAAGCUCUGUAUUAGUAAGUGAGGUGUUGGCGGAAGAGAUGUGUUUUUAGCUGACUCCUAAAGACUGCUACAGAGUCAGCAGAUCGUGUCGCGUCUGGCAGAUCAUUCCACAGAUGUGGAAUAGAUCCAGAGAAGGUACGCGAUAGUAUUUUUUCCCUUUUUGAGAUGGCACCACAAGCCGUCACUCGGUGACAGAGCACAGAGAUGGAGAAGGUGCGUAGGUCUGUAUAAGUGAGUUAAGGUAAGGGGGUGCUGAACCAGUGGUGGUCUUAAAAACCAGGAGCAGAGCUUUAAAUUUGAUGCGAGCUGCUAUAGGAAGCCAGUUAAGCUGCCAUUCCACUGCAUACGACAUAACGACACGAUUGUCGGACUUCGCCCCCCUAGUGGCAGUCGUAAUGAAGUUUCAGUUUAAUCGUAACAUGAGAGAAGCUCAUUCCAGCGCAAGAGCAUUCAUUCCAAUAUUUACCAUGGAGUAAAUAAAUGAAUGCAAAUGAAUGAAACAAUAAACAGCUACAGUAUGCAUAUAUGAACAAAGACGGAGAAUAUUUUUAACAUGAAGACAAGAUUAAAACAACGUAUACAUAUUUAAUUAAUAAUAUCACUUAUUAGCAAAUCAAUUGUUUUUUUAAGGAUUCAAAUGUUACUGAUAAAGUUUAACAAAAAGGAUUAGUAAUUUUCACCUCACACACAGUUUUUGAUCGGAAUACAAUGAAAUAUAUCACUUCCGGUCGACAUAUCGCAUAGUCGCACAAGUUCACAUUUUUUUACGGAUCCAACGUUCAAAACGGAUCCGAAAAUUACGCAUCCGCAAAUGGAUGGCACGUCACGCAGCCCCUUUCUGACUUUCCAUAGGAAACAAAUGACUUCCGGAUUAUCGGCCAUCGUGUGCAGUGGAAAGGCGGCUUUAUUGCUUUCUUUGAUUCCAAGAGCCUGGAGACUGCACCGCACAUUUUUUGCGUAAAUGUGUAACAUGAAUAAAUAGUGCGCAUAAACAGCUGUUUAAAUAGUUUCCUCUAUUAAAAUUAGUUGAGGCUUAGACCAGGAAACAGUACUCCUUACGUCAUAUCUUAACAAGCGGAUAUUAAAAAUAUACUGCACACAGUAUGCAUCAACGGCUAGUAUUCCAUUUCGAACAUAGCCAGAGAAAGUGAUUACUGUAAACUACUAAGCUAAUCUUCUGGAAUUCAACGCGUACUCAUUAUAGAUCUGCUGCUUCACACAUGACAAUACUGAUCCUGCACACACAAAACACCAACAAACGCUCAUAAGAUGGACCUGUCAACUGGAAAGGAUUGUCUCCACCUUGUGGCCAAGAAAAGCAGUGCCACUGAUUUUGGACACCUGAGAACUUGCUGUAAAUAACAUUAUGAUGGAAAACAGCUGACUUGAACACGUGGAUAAUAAAGUACUUUUCUUGAAGGAUUCUGGAUUCUAAAGGGGUCACAUGACUGUAAAAAAAAUCAUAAUAUUUAAACCACUGUACUGUAGGUAAUGAUAGGUCAAAAAGUACAAGCGUUGGAGUAAAUAACUUGUUUUUGUCUUAUCAAGGGACUGCAUUGUCUAUAGUAUUGUCUAUAUUUUUGUCUAACAGUGCCAGUAUAGAACUAUUUUGGGUAAAGGUCUAGAUUUUCCCAUAGUUUAUCUUUUGUCACUGGAAUGAACAUAUUGAUGUUUGUUAACAAUACUAAAAGCACUUUAACCCAAUGAGGCAUGUUUAUUUUUUAUUUUGUUUGGGUCCAGAUUAAUUGUACAUGUGCUGUUUUUAUAAAGACAUUUCAAAUGAAGUGUGAAAGAAUGUAUUUUCAAUUAUGAUAAUGGAUUUAUUCAAUGUCCUUGCAAUUUAUAUAAUAAUAAUGGUAAUAAUAAUAAUAAUUUUACAAUUUUGUUUAAUAUUUUAAAAAAGUCCUGGGGCAUGGCUAUUUUGACUUAAGCAAGAAAACACCAUGAAUCAAAUCAUAUCAGCCAGAACACACAAAACCCAUUCAAUAAACACCUUAGCAAUAACAUAGUAUUUCCAUUCCAACCCCCCAAAACACCCAAGCAUCCUAACAUUUUAUUAUUAUUAUUAUUAUUACUAUUAUUAUUGUUGUAGAUUGCAUUUAUCUGUUGUAAGAAGAAUGAUUGUCUCAUUUUCUUUGUCUAAAACUGUGGCUGAAAGAAACAUGUGUUUAGUCAGGGUUCACUUUCAAAAACUGGACUUUCCUUGUUUUAACUGCUAAUAAAAGUUGUGAAGUUA